AAGUUGAGCAGACCCUACACUAAAGACUCCCGGAGAGACAAAGCUUUGUCACCUGAACCUUGUCCAGGAAGUUACAGCAACAGCCCUUCGCCUUCCUGAAGGGAGCAGCUCCUGUAGCAAGCUGUCUAAGUGCCCUGGACGCAGACAGUAAGAGAUUGAGCAGAUCCCAGCACGAUGGCAACAGUCAAGGGCGUCUCAAGUUUCAGUGCUGAGCAAGAAGCACAGGCACUAAGGAAGGCCAUGAAGGGAUUUGGCACGGAUGAAGAUGCCAUCAUUGAGACCUUGACCAAACUGAACGUGUCCCAACGUCAGCAAGUUCUGAUCGCCUACAAAAGCACUAUUGGCAGGGAUUUGAUUGAUGACUUGAAGUCUGAGCUGAGUGGGAAUUUUGAAAGGGUGAUCGUUGGUUUGAUGACUCCUACCACCAUGUAUGACGUGCAUGAACUGAGGAGGGCUCUAAAGGGAGCGGGGACAGACGAAGGCUGCCUGAUUGAAAUCCUGGCUUCUCGCACCAACGCGGAGAUUCGGCACAUCAGUGAGAACUACAAACUCCAGUACGGCUCCACCCUCGAGGACGACAUUGUCUCUGACACAUCCUCCAUGUUCCGCAGAGUCCUGGUGUCCCUCGCCACGGGUAACAGAGACGAGGGAACAUUUGUGGAUGAGGCCCUUGCUCAACAAGAUGCUCAGAACCUGUAUGAAGCUGGGGAGAAGAAGUGGGGAACAGAUGAGGUGCAGUUCAUGUCCAUCCUCUGCACACGGAAUAGGUGCCACCUGCUCAGAGUUUUUGAUGUGUACAGAGUGAUUGCUAAUAAGGACAUCACAGAGAGCAUUAAAUCUGAGAUGUCAGGAGACCUUGAGGAUGCUUUGUUAGCUGUGGUAAAGUGCUUGAGGAACAAACCUGCAUAUUUUGCUGAGAGAUUGUACAAAUCCAUGAAGGGCCUGGGCACCGAUGACAGCACGCUGAUCCGGGUGAUGGUGUCCCGCUCCGAGAUAGACAUGCUCUACAUCAGGAGAGAGUUCCUGGCCAUGUAUGGCAAAUCACUCCACUCCUUCAUCAAGGGAGACUGCUCAGGGGACUACAGGAAGGUUCUGCUCAGGCUGUGUGGUGGGGAGGAUUAAAGGAGGCCUGAGGAACCUGCUGGGUGAUGGGAAGCAGCUGAUUAUAGAAUUGUUUAGGUUGGAAAAGAUCAUGAAGAUCAUCAAGCCCAAUCACGAUAAAGAUUUCUUCUUUUUUUUUUUAUUUCCAAAUGCCUUAUUAAUUACUCUGAUUGUUGCCUUAGGUUAGUUCAUGCUCUGGUUAGAUAGAGGCCAUUCUGGUUGACUCUUUUGAUACACUUUUGUGCUUGGAACACCCAUUUGCCUACUAACUGAAGUCCAUCUUACACAGAAUGCUGUAACCAAAGGUGUAAAACUUGUUUCCUGACCAGCUGCCCCUUUUGCUGUUGUGUUCACCAGCAAAAUGCAUCAAGUGAAGGAAACCUGGAUGCACAGUGUGAGAGGCUGCCCAGGGAAAAGCCAACCCCAUUGGUACAUGAAGAAUGCAGAACACAGGUUUGCUUCAGUUUUUCAGUAGAAUUAAAACACAAAGAAACCAAAUAUCUAAAAUAGGAGCUUGUUUACAUAUUAACUUGCCUCUGUUAGUGUGGAGCAUUAACAGCCUGGCUGUACUGUAUAUAUAUGUUGUCUGUAGGUCUGUAAGUGGGGAAGUUGUCACUGGUGACAUGAGAAAAACCUUUUCCUGCCCUUGUUUUUGGUCUGUCUGUGGAUCAUGGGAGUAUAAAUAAUUAGGGUUAUUUUAUAAACCCUGCUGUGGAUACAGU